CGACGACGGCGACGGCAGCAACGGCAUCCCCACCACCACCCCCAUCUCCGGUUCCUCCCCUCCCCGCGUCUCAACCCACCGGAAAUCCAUUCAAAAGCACCCGCGCUCCCGCACCAAUCCACCGCACGCCAUGGCGUCGCGAGCGGCGGCCGCGAUGGUGCUCGCCGGUGCCCUUCCUGUGUUUCCCGGCCGUCCCCUGGUCGCAGCCGGCGCCAGGUGCUGCGACGGCGGCAUUCGCGGGAGGGUCUCCUGCUCCUCCCACCGUCGCUCGGACCAUCCCUCCUGCGCGGCUGAGGAGGGAGGAGUGGUGGAGCUGCUCAAGGGCGCGGUCGCGGCGCUCGCCGUCAUCGCCCAGAUUUCCGUGUCGCUCCCGGCGGACGCGAUCCUCUACUCGCCGGACACGAACGUGCCGAGGACGGGGGAGCUGGCGCUGAGGAGGGCCAUCCCCGCGAACCCAAACAUGAAGACCAUACAGGAAUCGCUGGAGGACAUUUCGUAUUUGCUGAGGAUACCGCAGAGGAAGCCGUAUGGCUCCAUGGAAGGAGACGUAAAAAAGGCCAUGAAGAUAGCAAUGGACAACAAGGAUGCGAUCUUGGCAAGUAUACCUGUAGAACUCAAGGAAAAGGGCUCGAAGUUAUAUACCUCCUUGCUUGAAGAGAAGGGUGGUUUGCAAACUCUCUUGAAAUAUAUAAAGGAAAAUGAUCCUGACAGACUUUCGGUUGCACUUGCUUCUUCUCUUGAUACUGUUGCUGAAUUGGAGCUGUUACAGGCUCCAGGUUUAUCCUUCCUCUUACCACAACAAUAUUUGGAAUAUCCAAGGCUAGCAGGAAGAGGAGUUGUUGAAUUCUCAGUGGAGAAAGGUGAUGGUUCAACAUUCUUUCCAACUGCUGGUGGUGAACCAAAAAGUGUUGCUACAAUUCAGGUAGUGAUUGAUGGAUAUUCUGCCCCACUGACUGCUGGAAACUUUGCGAAAUUGGUGUUGGAUGGGGCAUAUGAUGGGAUAAAACUGAAAUGUGCAAGUCAGGCAAUUAUUGCAGACAACGAGAAUGGAAAGAAAGGUUACACUGUUCCAUUAGAGGUCAUGCCUGCUGGGCAGUUUGAACCGUUAUACAGAACUCCGCUAAGUAUUCAGGAUGGAGAAUUGCCAGUCCUUCCGAUGUCUGUAUAUGGUGCCGUUGCUAUGGCCCAUAGUGUGGAUUCUGAUGAAUACUCGUCACCAAGCCAAUUCUUCUUCUAUCUGUAUGACAAGAGAAAUUCUGGUUUAGGAGGAAUAUCUUUUGAUGAAGGGCAAUUCUCAGUAUUCGGGUAUACCACAGAUGGAAGAGAAGUUCUGUCGCAGAUUAAAACUGGAGAUAUAAUUCGUUCUGCCAAGCUUGUACAAGGUAGAGAGCGCCUUGUACUGCCUCCAGAAGCGCCGGCAGAGAGCUGAUACAACGGCAAGCUUCGCAAACUGGAAACAUUCUUUCAUUGGUCAGGAGACUUAGCAUAUUUUAUACCAUAAAUCAUGUAAACCUGACUGAGCAGUUCAUCAAAUUUAUAUAUAGAAUCACUGCAAAUGUUCAUCAAAUUUAUAUAUA